ACACUGCACACGUUGCCAACAGCCGCAUCCCAUCCCUGAUCCAUUUUCUGAACGAUGCCGACGCAAUGUGCGCGGCAGAGCAGCAACGCAAGUUUGAUGAAGAGGAUCAUCAAUUGAAGCGUCAGAUGCAUGAUCUCAAGUAUACUGCUCCUGACAUGUUCGAAUGCGGCAUCUGUUUCGAUCAAUUAAACGGGGAUGUGGUCGCGGAGGUCGAGCCAUGCGGACAUCGCUUCUGCAGGGAGUGCGCCAAAAAUUAUGCCGUCAGUGAAGUGAAGGGCCACCGUUAUCCCAUCCCUUGUCCACUUUGUAUGGGUGACAAGGCGCGGAAGGACCCCGGGGAUAGGUGACGCAUAGC